AUGGAGUUCAAUGCGGAGGAAGUUUUUGUUUUUGCUAUUGAGUUGGCAAAGGAGGCGGGUCAAAUCAUAAGGGAAGGGUUCGAUAGCGAUAAACGCGUCGAAAUCAAGACUAGUUCCAUUGAUCUAGUCACUGAGUACGAUAAGAAGGUCGAAGCCUUCAUUUUUGCUGCUAUUGCCAAACGGUAUCCUAGUCAUAAACUUAUUGGAGAGGAAACAACUGCUGGUUCUGAAUCUGGAAGAAACGACUUCACGGAUUACCCAACAUGGAUUUUGGAUCCCAUCGACGGAACAAUGAAUUUUGUUCACACCUUUCCUCAUGUUGCAGUGUCCAUUGGUGUGACAUACGAGAAAGAAGCUGUAAUUGGUGUCAUAUAUAAUCCAAUUCUCGACCAAAUGUACGCUGCACGGAAGGGAUGUGGUGCAACUUUGAACAAUAACCCCAUCAGUGUUUCCAAAACUACCGAAUUGUCAAACGCUCUGAUUUUCCUGGAAAUUGGAUACGCGAAAGACUCGGAGAAAGGGACAUGCGUGGCGAAAAACUUUGAAACAUUCUUGUCUCAGGUUCAUGGUUUACGUUGCACUGGAUCAGCUGCUCUUCAAAUGUGCUUAAUUGCACAAGGAGCAGCCGACGCUUAUGCCGCAUUUAGCCUACACGUAUGGGACACAGCGGCUGGUGUUGUUAUCGUCAGAGAAGCU